GCUAUUGGCUGCGGCAGCUGCCCAUCACCGAGAAGCGCUACGGUUCAGGCCGCGAACCACACGGCGCCUGCUCUUGGGCGCCGGCGCCAAGGCUUUCCCGGGUCCUUGUCAGCGGGACGCGGCUGCGGGAACGCACUUGCGCGGGGCUAAGGGACGCAACGUCCGAGUCUCCGAACCGGGCGGUCCCGCGGAAUUCGGAGUCCUCCGCCCGCCUCGGUGCCGCGCAGGCUCCUUGUCGUCCUCCGCGGCGGAGGGGUCGCGGGGGGCUCCCACCGAAUCACUAGACGCGAAAAGUUCUCCGCCGAGGCGACGGGCUCGAGCUGACUGGGCCGCAGUUUUUCUAGGGGCUCUGUUAUUUGUGACCACAAUGAAAAGUUUAGACCAUGAUGGUCUGAUAAAUGACAGACUUCCCAAGCUCAAGAGUUCAAAAGAAUGGUUGGAGCCACAGCCACUUUCUUUUAUGGAGGCAUUAGCUAAAGAAGAUAUUGAUGCAGCUGUUCAAUCAAUAUUAUAUAGAGAAAAUUAUAUAAUUAAGGAACUAGAUAAGUAUUUAAAACAUCAUGACUUCUUGAAUGCAAGAAGAAAAGAGAUAUUAUAUAAAAGAUGGGUUGAUGAUGUGGCAGAUCCUCUCCAGAAGAAAAUUAUAGAAAAAGUUACUUCACAUAAGAAGAUUAAAGAAAGGAGACAAGAGGAAUUAGAUGGUUUCUUAAAAUACGUAAAUAAAAAGGGAAGUGCAUUUAUAGAGCAUUAUGAUCCAAAAGAAUAUGAUCCUUUUUACAUGAACAAAGAGGACCCGGAUUUUCUGAAGGUUACCAUCCCACCAUUUCGUGACCCUUUGAAAAAGGCACAGUAUGACAGAGAUGAAGGGAAAAGAAUUAUUCUUCAGUGUGAGACUGGCAAAAUAUUUACAAUGAAAGAAUUUAAGGAGGUUGAGAAGGCCAAACUGCAUUGCAGAUUCCCAGGAAUUUCUAAUUCAAGGCACUUUAUGACUCCAAAUGAGUGGCCUAAACUGCCUACAAACUACAUAGAAAGCGAAUUUUGUAAAAGGAGCAGGUAAUGGUUAAAAGUAAAAGUGAAUUUUAAUGAAAGUAGUUUUGACUUGAAACCUUCGGCAAGAAUGCCUCAUCUUCUGGAAUCCCAGGAAGAAGAAAAAACAGUUACUUACAAGUUUUAGCAACCAAGGAGUACACAUCCUGAUCCUUGACUGGUAAAAGAGGAUGCAAAAGAAGGCUGCUUUAAGAGAAGCCAUCUGCCAUUAGGACUCAAACAGGAUGCGGACCAAGGAAGGCACUCAAGAAUUGUUCUGUGUCUAAGAAAAGCAUCUGCAAUAAACUUCAUCUUUGAGUCCAGUGUCUGUAUGAUAAUUAAGAAAUGACAGUACUAUAUAUUGACAGUUAUUGCAAAUGUAUUUCCCCCAGGAGUUAAGAAAUGUUGCCUAAAAGAUACAAUAAAAAUACUAAUAGCUAUCUUAUACUUAGAGCCCAUCUCAGUUCACUUGCUCUUUCCCCAAGUUGUCAGGCACCCUUAGAAUCCAUACCCACAUAUUCUCCCCAGCUUUCUCCAACAGUCUUUGGAAAGUUUAAAACUUCAAUUUGAUUACCCACUUGCUGAUUCUGAGUCUGCAUAUCAACCUCUGGCUCAUGUUGAGUUUGACUCCUAGUCAUAGAAGACUAGGAGGACCUGGAGCAUAGGAGAGAAUUUUAUUUUCCGUAGGCAAAAGGGGCACUAAAAAAACCAAUCCUUGGGCUUCCUAGGUGGCAUAGUGGUUGAGAAUCCGCCUGCCAAUGCAGGGGACGUGGAGUCCAUCCCUGCUCCAGGAAGAUCCCACCUGCUGAGGAGCAACUAAGCGCGUGAGCCACAACUAUUGAGUCCAUGUGCUACAACUACUGAAGCCCAUGCGCCUGGAGCCCGUGCUCUGCAACAAGAGAAGCCACAGCAAUGAGGAGCCUGUGCAGCACAAGGAAGAGUAGUCCCCCGCUCACUGCAACUAAAGAAAGCCUGUGCACAGCAACAAAGACCCAACACAGCCAAUAAAAUAAAUAACUUAAACAACAACAAAAAACAACAAGCCUUGCUUCCACCUGUAGCCCUAGAUCAUAUAGAGAAAUGGUAAAUUCUCAUUUGUAUUAAUUUACAUUUAUUUAUUUAUUUAAAUUAAAACCUGGGGUGGCAUGGGAUUGGACGGUUGUAGGCCAGGCGGUGGAAGGCGGGUCAGCGCGGAGGGGCGGGGUGACGCGAGGCUGAGGGGGUGGGGGUUCGGGCUUCCUUCCUCCCUCACCGCCUUGUGGAGAGAGGUGUAGGUGUGUUGAGGGAAGAGGGGCUGGGGUCUAAACACAGCGCUUUAAUUUGUUUUUGGAAGGAGCUCCCUUUCCCCUCCCAGAACUGUCAGCCACCGUGCCACUGGCCGCCGAGUGCCUCGAGCGCAGAGCUGGAGGUGGGGGAGCAAAGGGCAGCCCAGGCCUGCGACCCCUCGGGGCAGCGCCUAGUGGUGUGGCCCAGCUGGGCCCAGCCCCAGGCAGGCCCUGAGGGGUUGUCUGGCUGGGUCCUUAAGGCCACAGGUUGGGGAGCCUAAUCACCCUCUUUUUGAACCAGGUUUAGGGGCGCCGAGGAUUUAUUUUUGUUUUGUUUUACUUACCGAGACUGUUAAGUGGCAGAGCAAGGAUUCAAACCACUUUCUGAACUCAAAGACCUCACUUUUUCAACUGUAAUCACCUAUCUCCUCAAUUUACUUUCUCCCCUCAGGGAUUGUAUUAUCUAUGGCUGCCACGAAAAUCUCCAACUAUGGUAAACAUUUUGGGCCAGAACAAUUAAAAAAGUGGCCAGAACCUGAGUCAGGUGCUUUGAUGGAGGUAAAAUAAUGUGGCAUUUGGGGGCCUUCUUUUGGUGGUGGGGCAUAAAUCCCUUGAAAUUAGGAUCUAUUGUGUCUUAAUCACAGUUGUUUUCCCCAGAACUAGAACAGCGCCUGGCAUAGACUUGGUGCUCAAAGAAUUCGUUGAGUGGGAAUGAUGGGGAUCACAUUUGGCCCAGGGUGGUUGUAGAGUUUCCUUGGUCGGUUCAGGAUCAGGAUGGUGACAGGGUCGGUAGUGGGUAAACACAGCAGUCCCUGAGUUGCCCUGCGGGAAAGGCGGGGGAAGCCAGGCCAGGGCUUGCCAGUUAAUUCUUGAUACUUCAGGGUCUGGUAAAGCAGUGAUUUUCUCAUAAAGAAAGUUUCAUUAUUUUAUAGAGAGAAGCUCUUGAAUAUUUCUUCUAUUUUACCCCUUUUUACUAUGGUGGCAGUUAGAGUGGUGAGACUGUGUGCGUGUGCGUGUGAGUUUGUGUGCACGCGCACGUGCGCACAGAAAGAUAACAAAUUUCAAAAGUGCUGCUAGAAGUCAUUAACAUCUUCCUUAUAUUUUCCUGACAAAAUCACCAAGGAGGAGCUAUCAAAGACAAAAACUAUUUCCUUAAACCAAAAAAAAAGUGGUUUGAAAAUCUGACGUAUAACCAAUAGUGUGUAUAACAUUUGCUAAUAGUGUUAAUAGGAUGGCUAAAAAAAGGUGAUUUUCCAAGAAGAUUGUCAGUGUAUGUUUCCACUUUUUCAGAUAAAUAGAUUUAUUCUAAGUUUGUGUUGUCGUAUUAGGGGAAAACAUUUAAUUGUUUUGCAUGAUUUUUCAAUUGCCAUCUUAAAAUAAGUGUAAGAAGGCUUUAUUUUAAAGCAAGAUUCUGUUUAUAUUACCGAGAGAGUUGUAUUUUGGAGAUGACCCUACUAGCUGUCUGAAUAUCACUUUAGAUUUCAUGUGAAGCUGUUAAAUAUACAGGUAAAAAUACAACUCUCCCUUUUGAGAUUUCUCUUAUUCACAGAUUUGGUUUUUGAGUUUGGGGUUUAGUUUAUUUUGAUGCACUCACUGUGGCAGAACUGAAAGAUGAGCCAGAGAUUGAAUAACGUAAUUUUAAAAACCUGUAUCACUUUACACUAGAUAGUUCUUUUAGGUAACUGCAUUUCUCUUCCAGAUACUGAAUUUUUAUUGCCUUUCCAUUUGUCCCUACUUAGUUCUGUAAAAGCUGAAGGAUCAGUUCAUAGUGAUCCAAAUGAAAAGCCGUAAAGUAAGGAUUUAAGUACAUCAGUGUUACCCAAACUCAUAAUGGAAACAGCAAGUCCCUAGAUGUAAGUCUUGGUCCCCAGCCAGGAAUUCCCAACUAACUGGCUCUGGACCGGUUGAACUAAAUCAAACUUAUGCAGUUUUGACUUAUAAAGAGGUUUUAACUUAUAAAGAGACCUAGCAGAAGUAAGGAAACUUCAAGGGCUUUUACUUUAUUUUAAAAAAUAUUUAUUUAUUUAUUGGCUGCAUCGGGGCUUAGUUGUGGCAGGUGGGAUCUUUCGUUGUGGCAUGCAGGCUCUCUGUUGUGCAUGGGCUUUUCUCUAGUUGUGGUGAGCAGUAGUUGCAGCGUGCGUGCUUAGUUGCUCCACAGCAUGUGGGAUCUGAACUGACUGGGUAUUGAACAAGUGUCCCCUGCAUUGCAAGAUGGAUUCUUAACCACUGGACCACCAGAGAAGUCCCUAAGGGCUUUUAAAACAUAUCUACAGACUGACUGCAAAGAGGCUUCAUUUUAUAGAGGAUCCUUUUAGUAAGCUUUCUUGGUACUUUAAAAAUGAUGGUGUGACGUAAGGGAUUUGUUUCAAAAUAAUCUGGGUUGGGGCAGGGGAGUGAGUAGGAAUUUAGAUGAAAUAAGAUCGACUCUGAGUUGAUCAUUGUUAAACCUGGGUGAUGGGUUCAUGGAGAAUUGUGCUUGAAAAUUUCUGUACUAAAAAGUUACAAAAUCGGUUUUGAGGUACAGAUGUUAGAUUUACGCUCAAACUCUUGGUAAAAUACACGGAGUUUUAUCACCAGUUUGUUUCUUCAGGAUCUGCAUCCUAAUAUUUAAUUCUGUAAUUUUAGGCAUUAGCCAGAGAAGACAUUGAUGAAGCUGUAUACGCAAUAUUAUUUAGAGAAAAUCUUUUUGCGAAGGAAAUUAUACUUGGAAACUUUUAUGAUCCUGAAGUAUACAAUCCUUUUUAUAUGACAAAAAAGGAUCCCAAUUAUGGAAAGGAAAACGAUGUACCUUAAAAGAAUUUAAAGAACUAGAGAAGGUCAGGCGGUAUGCCAGAUUGCCCCAGCUGACUUUCAGUCUCCACAGAGUGGUUCCAAAAGAGCGGCCCAAAGCCUCGGCAAGGCCUGUGGGAAGCAAAACUCGUAGCAAAUGCAGUUGUGGUGCGCAGGCUUCAGAGUGGGCUUAGUUGCCCUGUAGCAUGUGGAAUCUUAGUUCUCCGACCACGGAUCGAACCUGAGUCCCCUGCAUUGGAAGGCAGAUCUUCAACCACUGGACCACCAAGGAAGUCCCUUUACUUUCAUUCUUUUUUUUUUUUUUUAAGAACUUUUAUUGAGAUACAGUUAACAUACAAUAAACUGCAUAUAUUUAGAGUGUACAAUUUGGUUUUUUUUUUUCUUAUUAGUAAUGUAUAUAUGGCAAUCCCAAUCUCCUAAUUCAUUCCCUCCCAACCUACUUUCAUUCUUAAAGGCUGUUCUCACAGGAUUAAGAAUGUUAGGUUGGCAGAUAUUUCCUUUCAGCAUAUAUCCCCCUGUCUUUUACUCUUUCAAUUGCCCAUCAUACUGUUGUUCUUUUGAAGAUAAUUGUCUUUUUCUCUGGAUGCUUUUAAGAUUUUCUUGUUGUCUUUGAUUUUUGGUAGUUUUCCAUGAUGUUUCUAGAUGUGGAUUUCUUUUUAUUUAUCCUCUUGGGAUUCCUGGGUCUUUUUGUAUCUGUAAAGUGAUCUCUUCAAUCAGUUCUGGGAAGUUCUCAUUCAUUUUCUCUUUGAUUGUUACCUCCACCAUAUUCUCUCUCUACUUUCUUUCUGGUACUCCAAUUAAACAUAUUUUAGAUUUUCUCACUGUAUCCUCCCUGUCUCUUACCCUUUCUUGUGUAUUCCCAUCCUUUUUGUUGUUACAUAUUUGAUUAUAGGUAUUUUUACUAAUCACCUCUUUAGUUGUGUCUAAUAAUCUGUUGUUAAACCUAUCCAUUGAAUUCUUAUUUUCAAUUGUUUUAUUUUUAUAGUCCUAGCAUUUUAUUUGGUUCUUUUUCAGAUAGGUUUUUGGGAAGGCUAUCUAUACUCAGGGCCUGGUUCCCUUGGGGGAACCUAUUUCAAGUGCCCUGGUUUGACUUUCCCCCCUCCCCAGGGUGGGGGAUGUUUAGAACAAGGUUAACUACCCACCUGUCGGGACAGUACCAGGCCUGAGAGGGAAAAUCCACCAAAGAUAUACUAGGAGUGUGGAGGAAUCAGUCCCUGCUACCUGAUGUUGGCCUAAGCUCCCAGGGGAGAAAGUAGCCUGAGACGGACUGCUCAUUCUGGAAGGGAUCUCUCCUCUCUGGAAUUGUUUCCACUGCUGUCCAAUGACUUUAUUUAUUUUAAAAAUAUUUAUUUAUUUACUUAUUUGUUAUUUAUUUUGGCUGCACUGGAUCUUAGUUGUGGCACGCAAGAUCUUCAUUGCAGCAUGUGGGGGUUCUUAGUUGUGGCAUGCAGACUUCUUAGUUGCAGCAUGUGGACUAGUUGCAGCAUGCAUGUGGGAUCUAGUUUUCUGACCAGGGAUCAAACCUGGGCUCCCUGCAUUGGGAGCAUGGAGUCUUACCCACUGAACCACCAGGGAAGUCCUUGUCCAAUGACUUUAAAAUAUGAAUUUUGUGGGACCAGGAGGGGGUGAAUUAUUUUUUGUUUUUCUCAAGUUGUUGCAGCAGGAGUGUUGGCCUGUGCAAAUGUCUAAAUUCUACAAAAAAAAAAAAAAAAAAAAAGAACGAAAAGGUCCUGUCGUGUUUGCUUGAUGUUUCCUUUUUAUCCCCCGUGCUGAGUUUUGCUGGACUGAACAACACUACUUUGUUUCUGUUUUCUUGUGAUUUGGAAGUUUUAUGUUCUAUUUCUGGUUUUGUGGUUUCUUUAUCAAUUUUAACAAAUAUUUUAAUUUAAACAUCAAUAAUUAUGUAAGUCCCCAUCCCCUAGCAAGACAAAGGCUUUAUGUUGCUUUAUUUCUCCAUCUCCCCUCUCUGACUCCUCAGCCUUUAUAGACAGUCUUAGCUCCUUAACUGGUAUUCUGCCCUUGGUCUGUCUCCUCUGAUGGACUUUCCACCUCGCAGCCCAAGGAAUCUUUUUGAAGUGAUCAACCCUCCCCAACUGAAAACCCUUCAAUAGCUUCCCAUAACUCUUCCAAUAAGGUCCAGACUCAACACAGCAUAUAAGGUGCUCUCUGGGCGUAGCCACCUUUUCUGGCUUCAUCUAAAAAAUCCCCUCUCCCUAAAGGAAAGAAAUACAGUAAAACACAGAAGUAUCUUGAUCAAGUCAGCACUUGAGGGAAUUAUCACGUAGUGAUGUACCUCUGCUCCCCAAUCUGCCUCUUCCAUCUGCAGCAAGCCCCUUGAGGGCAGAGGUUGCUGACUUAUCUUGGUGUCCCCAGCACGUAGCUGGAACGCAGCAGAUGAUGAGUAAGUGCUUGUGGGAUGAAUGAAUGAAUGAAUGGAGGAAUGGAGGAGAAGGUGAUUUCUCUAGACAGGCCUGGGCUAUCCAGGGCAGGAGUGGAGACAGCUCUGGGAAACCUUCUGGGAGGACACACCUGGAGGUGCCUCAGGUGGUUAUUCAGUAAAGUAAGAAAAGGACUUAAGAGCAAGGUGGCUAUGUCAGUCAGAGACAUUAAUUACAAAAAGCAGAGUCCUUCUCAAGUUAAAAACAUGAGAAGCGGGACUGGAUAUGUUAGAAAGCAUCAGUCUGUCAUGGAAGCCACAGUCAGUGUCUCUGUCUGUUCAGGCUGCUAUAACAGGGUACAAGAUUGGGUGGUUUAUAAAUGACAGAAAUAUACUUCUCUCAGUUGUGGAGGCAGGGAAGUCCAGGAUCAAGGUGCCGGCAGAUUCAGUGUCUGGGUAAGGACCCACUUCCUGUUUCACAUGGUAGAAGGGGUGAGGGAACUCUCUUAGGCCUGUUUUAUAAGGUCCUUAAUCCCAUUUAUGAGGUAUUUGCCCUCAUGACCUAAUCACCUCCCAAAUGCCCCACCUCCUAAUACCAGCAUGCUUGGGGGUUGGGUUUCAACAUACGAAUUUUGGGGGGACACAAACAUUCAGGCAUCGCAGUCAGGAAGGUAGCCAGGCUGCUUAAGGGACCACGAGGUUGGUCCUUUCCUCUUUGGGACUAUGUGGCAUUCAUCGAGGCUCUCUUCGUGAACCUGCUUCUUUUCUCUCUCUCUGCUUUCUUGUGCAUGUCCUGGAAAAUGGAUGUCCCAGUCCUGCCUUUCUGGCUUGAGUCCUCUGAUGCUGCCUGGAGCCCCUCUGUCCCAAUUACAACUCUAGGGACUGAGGCUCUGGGUUGCCUCAGCCACAGUCUGAGAAGAUCACAUGACUCGUUGCCUAAAAGUGGAACCAGCAGGAGUGUGGGUGGGGCAGACUGAUUGAUUGACAGCCACCAAGUGAUGGUUUCUCAGUCUCUUUUUGAGUAAAUCCUGAAAAUCUUGUCUGUGCAGAAGAGAAAUAUCCACCUGAUAAAGAGAAAACAACUGGUGACCUAAGUCAGACUGUUGUUGAAAGGCAGUUUUAUUCCUCAAAGCUUGGCCAGGAGAGUGAAAGGCAUGAGAA